GGGUGUUUCAUAUUUUAGAGGGUUGCAGAGAGUUUGUUAAUGUAUAUUUAGUUGCCUCAAAUAACUUCCAGGUGGAGAUUGUCGUACGCAGUAGAGCGAAAGGCUAUUAGCUGUCAUAUAGGAGUUUAUGCAAAAUGGUUUUACAGCUGGAAGGUAUACAUAUAACCGAAGAUAGGAAGCAUCUAUUUGUUUUUGCUCAAGGCAAUGUCAUGCUAGCAUCAUCUCAACAACACUGCAAAGAAGUAAAACGCACAUAAAGGACACCACUGAUUUCUCAACUCAAACCACAGUGGACAAUGGGGAAAGGAUAUUACAUCAGCAGACAUCUGGCCACUGCAGCCAUGGUGCUGGCCGCAAUAGCCUUGCUGACCAUCAUUGCAUUAUCAGUGGUUUAUAAUCGAGAAAAGUCCAAAAAUGCAGCAAAACUCACCAACGCAACUACAGUGCCAGUACCCCCCACCCCGAAGACUUCCAACGAACCUUGGGACAAAUACAGACUGCCUGAUACUCUGUCUCCAGAGUACUACAAUGUGACUCUUUGGCCCCGUUUGGUGAAGAACGCCAUUGGGAUGUAUAUUUUCACCGGCGUCUCUGGAGUGAUGUUUACUUGUGUGAAGAAGACAGACCUGAUAUUAAUUCACUCCAACAAGUUGAACUUGACUCUGUUUAAGGGGCACCAUGCAAAACUCACGGGUCAGAGCGGCGUAACGGCUCCGGCCAUAAAGACAACCUGGUUUCAGAGGGAAACACAGUACCUGGUGAUUCAACUGGAGGGGAAACUGAAGCCUGGCAAGUCCUACUGGCUCUACACAGAAUUCACAGGAGAGCUCGCUGACGAUCUGGAGGGUUUCUACAGGAGUGAAUACACGGAAGAUGGGGAAAAAAAAAUUAUUGCCAUCACUCAGAUGCAGGGCACUUAUGCUAGAAAAGCUUUCCCAUGUUUCGAUGAACCUGGCAUGAAAGCUGUGUUUCAUAUCACACUCAUCCAUGACCUGGAAAAGACAGCACUGUCAAACAGCCAAGAAAUUAAAACAGAAAAUGUUAGCAUCAAUGGAACACAAGUUGCCAGAACGAUAUUUGGACCCACAAAGAAGAUGUCAACAUAUCUCAUCGCGUUUGUUGUCAGUGAUUUUAAGUUCAUCAGUGUUAAAGACAAGAAGGGAGUUUUGGUAAGAAUAUGGGCAAGAAAAAAAGCCAUUGAUGACGGACAAGGGGACUAUGCGCUUAAAAUCACUCAGCCAAUACUGGAGUUCUUUGAGAAAUAUUACAACACUAGCUAUCCGCUUUCUAAGUCAGACCAGAUUGCAUUGCCUGACUUUAACUCAGGAGCCAUGGAAAACUGGGGUCUUGUCACUUACAGAGAGACGGCUCUUCUAUACGAUUCGCGGACGUCUGCCAAUGGCAACAAGCAGAGGAUUUUGACUGUGGUUUCUCACGAGCUGGCUCACAUGUGGUUUGGAAACCUUGUGACGCUGAAAUGGUGGAAUGAUCUCUGGCUGAACGAGGGGUUUGCUUCAUACGUGGAGUAUCUGGGCGCUGAUUAUGCUGAGCCCACCUGGAACAUGAAAGAGCAGAUCAUUCUGUACGACCUGCAAAGUGCGUUUGCUGUGGAUGGCUUGACUUCCUCUCACCCCCUCUCCCGAAAGGAGGAGGAGGUCAACACACCCUCAGAAAUCAGCGAAAUGUUCAACACCAUAUCCUACAGCAAGGGAGCUGCGGUGCUUAAAAUGCUCUCUGAAUUCCUGACAGAGCCGGUGUUUGCCAAAGGACUUGGUAACUAUCUGAAGCAGUUUGCUUUUGGAAGCUCAGUGUAUACAGAUCUCUGGGACCAUCUUCAAAAGGCAGUAGAUCAAACUCCAGGAAUGAAACUACCUCAUAGUGUUCAUGAGAUCAUGAACCGCUGGAUACUACAGAUGGGUUUCCCAGUAAUCACUAUCGACACUCGAACAGGGAACGUCAGCCAAAAGCACUUUCUUCUAGAGCCUCAAGCAGUGGUGGAGAGGAAAUCUGAAUUCAAUUAUGAAUGGUUUGUACCCAUCAAAUGGAUGAAGAAACACCAGGUGCAGGACCAGCUGUGGCUUCUGCAGAAAUCAGAUCUACACAAUCCCAUGAAAGUCAGCAAAAAUGAAUGGGUGCUGGCCAACCUCAAUAUGUCGGGAUACUUCAGAGUGAACUACGACCUUGGGAACUGGGAGCGACUUAUCAGCCAACUGGAGUCCGACCACCAGGUGAUACCUGUGGUAAACAGAGCUCAGAUUUUGGAUGAUGCAUUUAAUCUGGCAAGAGCAUCUAUUAUAAACAUAACGCUUGCUUUGAGAACAACUAAAUAUCUCUUGCGUGAGCGGCAAUACAUUCCAUGGGAGGCGGCGCUUCGAAAUCUGAACUAUUUUUUUCAGUUGUUCGAUCGCAGUGAAGUUUACGGUGCCAUGCAGGUUUAUCUUAAGAAGCAAAUCAAACCACUAUUUGAAUAUUUUGGGACUAUCAGCUCAAACUGGACAAGAGUUCCCUCUGGCCACACUGAUCAGUUCACACAGAUCAUUUCGCUGUCUCUAGCCUGCAGCACCGGUGUGGAGGGAUGCAGAGAACUGACCAGGAGCUGGUUCAAAAAAUGGAUGCAGAAUCCUCGUAACAAUACGAUUCAUCCUAACCUGAGGUCGACGGUGUACUGUAAUGCCAUCGCUGGAGGUGGUGCAGAAGAGUGGAACUUUGGCUGGCAGAUGUUCCAGAAGGCCACAGUCGCAGCUGAAGCUGUUAAACUGAGAUCGGCUCUGGCCUGCACCAAAGUGCCCUGGUUACUGAACAGGUACCUGGAAUACACCAUGAACCCAGAAAAGAUACGCAAACAGGAUGCCACUUCUACCAUUGGGUACAUUGCCAGUAAUAUUAUUGGCCAACCUUUGGCAUGGGAUUUUGUCCGGGCAAACUGGGACUAUUUCUUUAAAAUGUACGGCACAGGAUCAUUCAGUUUCUCCAGACUGAUUAGUGACAUCACCUAUAGAUUCUGCACACCAUUUGAACUCAGUCAGUUAAAACGCUUCCAAAAGGAUAACGCUGAGACUGGAUUCGGCUCGGGAACUCAAGCGCUGCAGCAGGCCAUCGAGAAGACAACAGCCAAGAUUAAGUGGCUGGCGGAGAACAAGGAACCGGUUCUUCAGUGGUUCCUCUCAGAAGCAGCGUAAUACUCACAUCUGUGUGCCUUGAGAUCAGAGAUGUCUCCAGCCUCACAUGAAUUCAUCAUCCUGUAACCUGAUGGAAUGAAAAUGAAUGGAUGCUAACAGCAUUUUGGCAGGAUGUUUUUACCCAAGGAGCAGCCCCUCCUUGAGACAGCGCUCUGAUAUUUAACCACCAGUUCACAUCCCUCGGAUACAAAUGAGGAUGGAUUUACAUAAGAGACUACACUGACAAUGGCCCCCUAAGUAUCGAAUAAGCAGGGAACCUGUUUCAGAAUUUGUGUAUAAUAAGUUGUGUUGCUUAGUUAAGCAUCACUAUUAUUAUUGUUAUUGCUCAUACUCAUACUUAUCCUGCACAAUAUCUGCUAUGGACAUCAAUGAUACCUCAAAUCAUGCAGGUUGUUCAGGAGAAGUUUGUUAUACUGUAUGUUUCUAAGCAUUUGUAAUGGAUGUCCAAUAGACUUACAUAUGAUCCAAGCCAUAUUUAGGGCCUGGAAAAGCUGUUGUUAUGAGCUGACUAAGUAGCAUCCAAGCAACCGUAUAGCUAUGCACACACAAAUACAAUUGUGAAUGGGCAACCACACUCUUAUUUUCUACAUACAAUGUAAAAUUCUAUUUAGCGUUUUAUUGUUAGCUUGCUAUUAUUGACUGGAUUUAGCUUUUUUUUUUUUAAAUAUGCUGCCAUUAAAAUUUAUAAAAAUACGCUACCACUCAAAAGUUUAGGGUCAGUAAGUUUUUUUAAAGGCCAGAUUUACUAACAGCUCGCUCCAGCGCAAACCAUCUUUUGGCAUUAAAAUAAUACUGUCAGAAUUUACUAAAGAUGCGCAGUGAAAAGGCGUGGACACAGUUAUUUUUGCACCUUAUUGAAUAUGCAUUUGUAGGAGUUUCUCUUUCAGGAAAAACGUAACUUUUUCACCUUAACGCAACUUGAUUUACUAGUGUUUGUGCUCGUCAAAUUACUGGUAGUUGCGCCUAUAUUUAACGCCCAAAAAAGCUAGGAAAAAAAAGCACUGCUCUUGAUAGAUUGUGCUGGUCAUUAUGGAAAUGAUCUGGCUGCAUCUGUGUUCUUUAAUGUGUGCAUUGACCACAAGUUGGAAGUUUCCCCUCCCAUCGGUGCUUUUACGAAAUUGCGCUCUAACGCUAAUUUGCUCUGUUUUAGUAAAUCUGGCCUUAAUACCUGGGCAGCUAAAAAAUCAGCAUUUCCAUCAGAUGAAUAAAUUACAUUUUAUAAUAUAUUAAAAUGAAAAAUGGUUAUUUUAAAUUGUAAUAAUAUGUCACUGUUUUACUGUAUUUUUUUUUAUCAAAUAAUCGUAGCCUUGGUGAGCAUAAGAGACUUUUUACUGAUCACAAACUUUUAAAUGGUAGGUGGUUACUGUUUUUAAGGCCUUUUUUGAAACAUGUACAUCCCUGUCUUUUUUAUUUUAAAUAAAUAAUUAAGUUGUAGAAA